AUGGCUAGAUGUGAGAACUGCUGGAGUCCGAUCAAUAUCAGCCAGAACGUGCCGUUGGUAAGGACAAGGCCUUGUUUAUUGUCGCAUUGCAACAAGACCGUUGGUUAUUCGUGCUUGAUGUUUUUGUGACGUUGUGAUGGCUACGUUUGAAGCCUGUUUUCUAAGGAAAUACUCGAGGAACCCCUUUCAGAUACUGCUGAAAUUUGACAAAUACAUUUUGUGUAUAGCAUAUGUAAAUUGCUGAAAACUUCGGCUUAAGCCCGUCAGGCACAGAUGAGAUGUAUACUUUUUCUUACAUAAAACCACAAAAAGUGUCGAAUUUUCAACAAUUUUUUUGGUCUAAAAAUCUCCGUUGAUUUUAUAAAACGCACGUUGGAAAUCUUGCAUUUUUUGAUACUUAUAUUUUUUUGCUUUCACCAAACUUCUGGAGAUAAAAUCCAUAGCUUAUUGCUAUGCAUCACAGUCAUCACAGUUUACACCAUUGAUGUUUUGUUUAGGAUGUGGCGGUUCCCAUCUACGGCUUUGUCCUUCCACUGGUCGUGUCAAUUACAGUUGUCACGAACACUUUUAUCAUCACCAUUUUAUCACAAAAACAUCUUCGAACUCCAACGAAUUUCGUCCUCUUAUCAAUGGCGGCAACUGAUCUUUUAACAGGUGACUAAUGCUUCCGUUUAACUCGGGCAUAUCAAUUUAUACAGAUACAUCAAGAAAUAAUGAAAAAAAGCUUGAAAAAAUAUUUCAAAAAAUUUGCGAAUAACUUACAAUUAUUUAGGUCUAACCUCGAUUCCCUGGUUUAUAUUCUACUACACUUUGGAAGGAUAUAAGAUCGAUGAAAAGGAAGGGUUGCCGGCCAUUUGGUGUAGGAUCUACCCGUAUUUGUCACAGUUAUUGCCGGCGUUCUGGCAUACGAUGGGUAAGCAUGUGAUUGGCAGGAGAUAUGCUCGGGGGCUUGAAGCUGAUAUUUUGAAAAACAUAACACAAACACACACUUCAGUACUUUUUUUAAGAUAUGUGUAAAAUCCUGAGACUACACUGUGCAGAAAAGCCUGAAAUUUUUAAUUUGAAAGUUUGUCAAAAUUAGACAUUUUUUAAGCGGGUGAAUGCAUGGAAAAUUUAGCAAUUUUUCUGCAAGAAAACCUUUACUUUUAUUACAGUCUGACCAUAGCACUUCGAGCACCUCUUGUGCAUUUUUUUUAAAGAUUGUAAUCUAAAUUAUCAAUGUAUUUUACAGCAACCAAGCAAAUUUUUAGUCCUUUAUUUACGUUUCUAAUGGCUUUGUGGCCUCCCAACUUUUUAAAAUUUUUUACUAUGGAAUAAAAGAUUGUCAUAAAGUUUCAUGUGCACAUAAUUGUGCCCUCCGUAUUCUAAACUGCUUACAAUUCCAAUUUCAGAAAUCUGGCUCACCGUUUUCCUCGCCAUCCAACGCUAUGUGUACGUCUGUGUUCCCACCUCAAUUCCCCAUUUUUGCACGCCACAACGGACCAAGGCAAUGAUUGUAAUCAUAUUCGUGGUGAGUGGCACUUACCCUUUCAUAAUUAAUAGUUCUCGUUUAUGAUCGAGCUACCGCCUUUAAUGGGGAAAUACACGGACUCGAUUACCUUCAAAGCCCAUCGGAUGUGCGUCAUCAAAUACACGGGCUUUGCGUUGGACGUGCUGGGAGUGGAGCUGUUUUACUCGCUCAUUUAUUGGGUCAAAGCCAUUUUUGUGCAUCUUCUUCCAUGUUUUUUGUUGACGGUAAGUGUUUUAUAGUUGGUGUGAGAUCUUUGAAAUUUUUUGCCUUGUUAAAAUCUUUGGUUUUUACGCAAGUUUUAAACAUUCUGAGAUAAAAAUAAAAAUCUAAAAAAAUAAGUAAGCAAUAGAAAUUUUAGCUUGAUUGCUGUAGUCUGUGAGCUUUAUAAGGUCUUGUUUAUUUUAAAAGUAUCAGAAGUCCCGAUUCCAUGGAUCUUACGCAAGUUUAUAAAAAUUUAUAAAACUUGCGUAAAAGCCAAGCAAAACAUUUUUAUUUAUAAAAAACUUGCGUAAGACUCUAAAUAAACUCCAAACCAUCUUAAACAACAAAAAAAAUAAAAUUUAGAUAUUCACCUACAAGUUGGCUAAAACCCUGAAACAGACCGAAUUACGCAAAAGGAGCUGGUUCCUAAAUACCGAAGAUCAGGAAACUUAUGAUGACAUUCGAAGCCACAGCAAUUCGAAGCGCUCCUUAUAUGCGACGAAUCGGAUGUUAUCGGUGAUUUGCUUGAGUUUCCUGAUCGUUGAGGUAAGAACUUCAAGUGGCCAUGCCCUGGGCAACAAAGUUUUGCAAUUAGAGAAAAAGUUUUUUGUGAAGUUUCAAAAAGUUCAAGGGCCAACGAGCAGCACUAAAUUGGUGCUUGUGGGAGUUAAUAAAAUGGACGGAUAAUCAUGGGGAAUUUGGUAAGCGACCAGAAAACGUUUUUAGAAAUUUUUGGACAAAAAAGUGGCGAUCUUUAUCGAAUUUCUUCAAAAUUCCAACAAAAAAAUCUUUUUUCAACUAUUUUUCAAAAUUCAACACGACUAUAGUUUUGUUAAAAUUUUACAAAAAUCCCAUUAAUCAAAAAAUCCCGGUAUUAAAAAAAUUUUUUUUACUCCAAAAUAUUUUAAAUUUUUUUGCAAAAACUUCAUUUCGAAAAAAUUCAUUUAUUUAAAUUUCAGACGACCUCAUUUACAGUCUAUUUAUACAUCCCAUGACCUCUAGUCCAGGCGAUAAAAUCUCCAAUUUCGUAUGACUGUAAUCAAAACAAAAGUAGUCGCAUUUUCCGCGAAAAGGGCCAUUUCCGGCGGCCCCAAAUGCGAAAUGACCCCAGAAAGUGGGCAUCGAAAUGAAUUUAUUUUAAUUUGGGUUUCAGAUUCCGGCGGCGUUCGUCUUCAUUUCCCAUUAUUUCAUCGCCACCCACAUCCCGCUACACUCCCAGUUGGCGUACCGAUUGCUGAAUGUGACCCUCAUCAUCAGGUAAUCAUGGAAGAUGGGAAAAAAGUCGGGGAAAUUUGGAAAGAUUAUUUCGAAAAAGUUCGAACCACUUCUCGGGCCCAAUGAAAUUGUAAUUGCCUCAGGGGAGUCGGCGAACGCUCCUCGGGAACGUUUUCUCGUGUGAAAAGGAACGUUGCCGUGACUUAUUUUACGAGCCCGAACCGGGCCAAGGUUUCAUUUGGAGUGGUCAAAUUGUGAUUGUAAAAUCAUAGUGAUGACUUAUUGCCCUAGUUUCGUACUUUAUGACAUAAAAAUACAGUAAUCUUUGGGGGCUUUUUACUCAAUUUUAAAGGGUCUUUGAGCUCUAUUUUGACAAAAUUAUGGUGAUAAUUUUGCUGUAAUAGAUCAGUAAAAAUUUUGAUGUUUUCUAACAAGCAAAGUGCUUGAGGUGUGAGGUGAAACUUUAGACUAAAAUUUGCUGAGAUAUAUGCGGCAUUCCCAUGCACUUUGCACAAACAACCAAGAUUUGUCUGUCUAUGUAAAAUUGGCGCAGAGUCGACAUUUUUUGUGCGAAUUUUCCGAUGAAGUUCUCCUUAUUUUUCCACGAGAGGGCAAGUAUAAAAAAACUUAAAAUUUUCCACGCGAACUUCACAAACAUUUACGACCAAAAACGUCUUUUCUCUGACCGCUUUUCAUCCCGCAAAAUCGUUGAAAAUCUUGGCCAUUUGAGUGACAAUUUACAGUCAAAAAAAUGGUUGUUUCCGCAAAGUGCAAACAAGGAAUCUCGUAUAUUCACCGAAUUCUAUCCAUUCUACGUCAACAACUCUUUGAACAUUCCUUUUUUAGGCCUUUAAGAGUGCUUUCUGCCCAGCUCUAUUAACAUAAUUUUUAUGGUAAUACUCGGAAUGUAACGUCGGCAUGAAUUACAAUAAUACAUCUCGCAUUUAUUGAGCCCUGUGCGACCCAAUUUUUAGUCAGCCAUUUUUUUUGUUUUCACUCACCUAGACGCUUGAGAACCUUUCUUUUGUUUUUUCUAUAAAUAUUUUGAAGAAUAUGGGAAAGCACAUCUGUUUGAUCCGCAAAAUCGCACUCAUCCUAUCUCAUAAAACUUGAGAAAUACGCCGAGUCAUCGCAUUUAUCCCAUGAGGCACCUUGCCAAGGUGCAUUUCGCUUUGUUUUGGGGGUGAUUUUAGACGGAAAUCUUAUCAGGGAUAUUUUGGAAGUGCGAAGAUAAGAUUUUUUUAAAUUUUGCACACUCAUUUUGUCUAGGAUACAUAUCAAAUUAUGAAAAUUUUGAUUGCACAUUACAGCAUUAGUAAAGAUAUUCAACGGUCUUUUGCCGACUAGAGAGUGCAAAGAAUGAGGUGAGCAGCCAGAGAAAACUUUUUCGACCAUAUUCAAUUCUCUUUUUCCACCAAAACGAAUGCAGAUUUUAAAUUUUUUAAAGGGAAAAUUUAAGUUAUUUUUGCUUUGAAACCUUCUUGUAGCCGCUAAAAAUGCCGAGUUUUUAAAAAAAAUUCGGGCUUGCAAUUGCCAUCAUAUUUUUGGGAAAUUCCGAGUUACAGUGGGACCUGAUCCAGUGGCAAAAAAAUUACCAUUUUGCAUCCGGAAAGCAGCAAAAAUGUGGCAAAAUGCUUCCCUCUCCAAGUGAAAAAAAACCUUGUUUUGAAAGUCGCGCCUAUUCCCUCACAAAAAAGAGCGCGCGCGCUUUUGAAAUCGAAGUUUUUUCACUUGAAGAAGGAAGCAUUUUGCCACAUUUUUGAUACUUCCCGGAUACAAAAUGGUACGUUUUUUGCCACUGGAUCAGCGCCCCCACUGUUACUUGUGCAAAUCUUGGUUAUUUUUUGUUUAAAUUUUAUUAAAAUUUUCAUAUUUUUACAGCCAAAUUUUUUUGAACCCAGCAUACCUGACAUCAUCAAAAAAUUGCUUACCAAUUGCUUACUAAAUAAAUGCAAAAUUAGUUUUAUUUUUUUUUGCAAUUUUUUGGCUAUAGAUAAUAUGUAUAAAUAUCGUAACUUUUUCACCACGUAUAUAUGUAAUUUCUCCAUUAUUCGCCCAUUUUCCGCAGACGACAUGUAUUAUAAAACUCCCUCUCCAGAGACCUUAUUUUGCCGAUAAUUUCACGUAUUCAGGUAAUUUAUGUUCGUCAUUUGCGUUCAAACGGGCCCUAAAUAUCACUUUGUUUACGAGUAAAAGGUCUGAACAUACCGUAUUUUGGGAAAAUAUUGGUCUGCGAACAUACCCCUAUAGAUAGGCGUUUUUGAAAUCGGAAUUCACGUGUUGGCUCGAACAAUGAAAUUUCGAUGUAAUCUCGGAUUAAAAGGACAUUUGUUUUACCUUUGGCGGCGCUGACGGAAGGUGGAGGAGUAAUAUAUAUGUAUUAUUAUAUGUAUAGUGGUCAAAUCUUUUCUUGGAAUUUUUGGGAUUCUUUUGUAAUUCUUAAGCAAAAGUCUGGGACAAGGUUUUUCCCUAUAGACGAGAUCUAGCUUGCGUUAAUCAGAGAUGAUUUCAGCCGAUAGUUGGCAAAAUUCGACUGUUUUUUUGGGGUUUAAAACAUGAUCACAUGUAAAAUGCCUCUGUAAAAACAUAAAAUAUUUAUUUAUACCAAAAAUUGGCUAUAAAAAGCCUUUUCUUCUUUGGCCUUUGCCUUUGUAAUUUGCGUACUCUCUCGUCGGCAAUGCUCGUUUAAUAUCUCGGCGGGCUCUGACCUCUUUCCUUGUGCAGUGACGGACCGGAUCCAGUGGCAAAAAACAUGCCGUUUUGCAUCCGGGAAGGAUCAAAAAUGUGGCAAAAUACUUCCCUCUCCAAGUGAAAAAACUUCGUUUUGAAGGGCCUUUCCCUCACAAAAAGAGCGGGCGCGCUUUUGAAAUCGGAGUUUUUUCACUUGGAGAGGAAAGCAUUUUGCCACAUUUUUGAUGCUUCCCGGAUGCAAAAUGGUACGUUUUUUGCCACUGGAUCAGGUCCCUCACUGUAGACGAAUAUAGGGGAAUGUUGGAAAUUUCUAAAAAUCACCGUCAUGAUGACUUUCACUGUCAUGAUUACUUUCACUGUGCAAUUUUCGUCUUUUUGCACAGUGCAAUAGGCUUUUUUGAGCUGUCGCUCGCACCCUGAUUUUUUUGCAUAAUGCAAUCUCCAAAGGUCCCACCAGCGACUUUGCGAAUGGGCACGUAACUUCUUCUUUCGUUAGGGAAUCCUCUACAAGACAGUUUGAUUUCUUGCACUCCAAAUUUUCUUUUUUUUCUCCCAAAGAUUUCUCAAAUUUUAACCGAGUUUUUGGCAACAAAACUUGAUUUGUUAACAAAGAGAGACGCAUCUAUUCAUUUUUGCACCCAAAAUCCCAUCAAAAUUUUUUUGCGACGAGCAAAAAGACAAUAUAAAAUAAAAAGAACGUAGGCAUUAUGUCCCCCAAGGACCGGAUCUGCAGACGAGUCAUGUUUUUGGCUGUCAUAUCCACCCAAAACAAGACAUCCUUCCAGAAACCUGCUCAUCGUGCUCACGUCGCCCAUCCAGUUCUCCAUUUACUGUUCCAUGUCCGAGCAAUUCCGGCUCACAGCGCGCCAAUUGUUUUCCUCGAGACUGCUGUUCGUUCCGCAAGCGCAAGCCACCUUCCACGGCGGCAAGCGGUACUCGUUGAUUCUGGUGGACGUGGAGUUGAUCCAGAAGAAGAGGUUCUCGUUUUCGAGGAGGUCAAGGAAUAUUAAGUAAGUCGAGUUUUGAGCAAGUUUUUGAUGACUUUUUAUAAGUUUUUUGAUAGUUAACAGCUAUAGAUUGGCUUAAAAUUUUGCACUUCAAAAUUUUUGUAUACGUCGCAGCAAAUUUUUUAUAUAUAUACGUUAGGGUGUCGAUAAAAAAUUUUACGCCAAAAAAUACACAAAAUCUUGAAAAUAAAUUUUUUGCUAGUUUACUAAUGGUAUUAUUACAAUUAAGGAGCUUUUUCUAUACCGUAAAUAACCAAUUUUGCAUUUUAAUGUUCAAAAAAAUUCAAAUGGUUUUGAGCAAAAAUCAACUUUAAAAAUAUCGAAAAUAGAAAAAGAUUUUUUUUGCUAAACGGUACUUUUUUACAUUGCUUUUCAAACACCUCCAACACAUCAAAUUUUAUGGCAUUUUUUGCUCAAUUUAUGACAUUUUUGUCCAAUUUGCAGCCCAAUAAUCUCUCUCCAGCCACCUCAAAAUCCGAUUUCCUUAUUCUUUGUUUGCAAAACCCGAUAAUCAGAUACUGUAAAUGGACUACUUCGCCCAUCAUGAAUUCCACUGAAACAUAAUUCUUUGGAAUGUGUCACAAAUGUGACAAUUUUAUGACCCCCGGCCUUCAAAAAAAGCCGAAACGCCUCCAACCGAAUGUAUGGGGGAUAGUUUGGGGCCCACUUUUUUGGACAGAUGGGUGAAGUUUGAGGUACAUUCCAUGUUUCACAGAACACUUUGUGGCAAAAGCCGGGAGCUGGGAAUGACGGGCCUGUCCGAAAAAUUAGGGUGAUAAGGCUGGCUUUAGUUAUGAGUUGGCAAAUUAUGUGGAACUGACUUUAGAAGCGCAUUUUGGGGUACGAUAAGUGCUGAUUUUUGUAGCUCAAUAAUUUCGCUUUGAUUCGUUAAGUAACAUGGCACAAUAAAGUAGCUAUGUUAGCCACAUCAGCCCGAUAUUGAACUAGAUAUUAAGCAAAUUUUCCAAAAUUGCCCAAAACGUUCAGAUUUUGACAAAGUUUUGCAGAAAUUUAAUCGACUUUGCUAAAAUUUGUAAGAUAUACUACUAGGUCUAAGGUCCCAAAAAAUCAUUUCUUUUUACUACAAAUUCGAAAAGGCAUGGCCAAAAAACAUUUUUCAUUGACCGUUCUCAACAUUUCUCAUGCUCUCUCUUCGGCAAGGGCCGUUGAAAAUCUCGGCUAAACCUGUAAACCGCGAACUAUUUUUUUUGGAAAAAAAGUCCAUACACAAAAUGGUGUUGUAUUUUUAUUGCACUAACUGUAUAUAUUUACCAACCCUUCUGUUUUCCACCAUUUUUACUCCAUCUUCCCCGUCCUGCACUCCCGCCCCACCCGUUCCAUCCCCUUCUUUUUUUACACCCCAAAUCCCCAGACGACGUGAAACGUUCGUCGCGGAGUUAUAGCCCCGCUCAAUUUACCGCAUGGCCAGCCAUACUUUUUUAUUGUAUCAUGUCAUUGUUCUUCGUUGACCCGGCCCUUCCAAAUUUUAAUUUGUUUUUUCUUCAUUUUCAAGUGGCCACAAUCUCGGCCCUAAGGGCGUCUUGAUGACUUUUUUCGGAAUCUCGGGUUUGUUUGAGCUCGUGUCGGUUUGCAGGCUGAUGACACAGAUCGGUUUGCAAAAAUUUGAGAGUCUGUGAAGGUAAUAAGACAUUUCAAGGUGAAAAUUGACACAUUUUUUUUGCUUUUUUAUUGAGGUUUUUAGACUUGGUUUGCAAUGUAACACUAGGCCAAAAAUUUGCAGAAAAUUGGUUGAUUACCGUAGGAAACGCUUAGAAAUUUCACAUCUAGCCGUUGAUGAAACUCAGUUGAAAUUUAUGUUAAUUUCCUGAGGCAUUUAAAAGAUGUUUAACCUGUGUUUUGAAGGCACACCCAUUUCUUGUGCCAAAGGUUGACCCUGAUUACAUUUCCCUUUUUGUUAAUUUCAAUGCAAGAUAAAUAUUGCCUACAUGUCAGGCCUUGGUUGGAUGCCAAGUUCUGAGAAUUUUAGCUCUCGCUUUGCAAUGGCGGCCGAGAUAUUCAUUGGUCUUUGUUGAGCAGAUAGUAUGCAAAAUUCAGAGAGCGGUUAGAGAAAACUUUGGCCAUAUCUUUGCUAAUUUCGAGCGGAAAAAAUCUUCUUGGUUGAAACGUUGCCCUUUUCUGCAAAAAUAAGGCUGAUUCAUGCGUAAACUCGCAAAUGUGUCGAAUUUUCACCACUAAAAAUUUCGGUUGUGCCUGAAAAGUGUAAGCUGGGAACUCAAUCAUGUUAUAGAAGAAAUUAACCUACAGUUUUACGGAACUCUGACUUUUCAUUAUGCAAAUUACAUUUCUUGAUUUUUGAAAUGUCAUCAAAACUCCUUGCCCCACCUCAUUGAACCCUACAAUGUCGAUGAAUUUUAUUUUUAAUUCACCGGAAAGUCAUCUCUAUUUCUUUUUGAAAUACGACCCGAUUAUGACCGAGAACAGGAUGGCCUAGGUAUCAGAAAACAAUAAACUCAUAAAACAGAGGGAAAUCAUUCAAGCUGAAGGGCAGAGUUGGCUCCGUUGGACUAUGGGGAUGAUGUGGAGGAUAAAUUUAACUUCAAAAAAAGGUUAUCCACAUGACACCAUGUAAGAUUCGAAAAUUGAAAAGUUGAUUUUUGCUCUGGCAAGAUUAGUUUUUCAAAUGACAAAGUAGUAAAACAGAAGUGAUUUUUGAGGUCUUUGAGGAGCUGAUUCAUGGAUAAUAUCAGAAAAAAUCUUUUUUAGAAAGGGUAUGUUAACGAUUUUAAACAAAUUUUUAGUGGUAAAAAUAUAAAAAAGUUUUCAAAAAAGUUGAAAAUUGCCCUUGCAAUAUUUCCAAUCCGUAGGUAAUGGCGAGCCGAAUUGCAGUCUUCGACGAAAUUUAUGAGUUAUGGACAACCGAAUACAAAUCUAUUUUAUAUGGUAAAAACAUGUUUUCCGGCCCCCCUUUUCUCAUGGUGUAGAUUUCGAUGGCGGAGGGGGAGGUUGUAAAAACAAGUCGUUAUUUAUAUUUUCCCCGGCUCUAAGCCUAUCUGAAAAUAAUGAGAUGAGAAAAAAGAUCGUUCUGGUGAACUUUUGAUUGUAGUUUAUCAAGUGUAAUAAAAAAAAAAUUUCAUCUUUUAUAGAUAUUUUGGGAUUAAUUUUUCCUUUUUAGGGCUAUUUAGUGGCAAUUUUAAUAAUUUUAAAAGUUUUUAUGACAAUAUAUUGCAAUAAGACAUUUUUUUGAAUUGCACUAGAUCUGAUGUCUGAUAAAAAUUUGUUUUAUUCUGCAAAAUUUUUUUGAUGUUCCGACCUUUUUCGACAAUUCAAAGAUAACCGGGGAGUGUUAACAAUCCUCUUCUAAUGACAUUUUUAUAUUGCACUACAUAUAUUUGAUGGCUAGUGCAUGCACUUUAGUGCAAUAUGAAAAUGCCUUCAUUUUUCAAAUUCUUUUUCUGUUUUCAGACUUUUGAAGGCAAUUGGGCUUAAAAAUCGUAGUAUUCCAAGUCUGCAAUCCCCUUCCCAGAACCCCCACUUCUUCCGCAAGGAUCGCACUUUGUUACCUCUAUAGAGGCGACAUAAUAGAUCCACUUCCAUUUCCUCAUUUCCGUGAAUCCCCACACUGUUCAAGUCUAUACAUUUUCGCCAAAUUGUUGCCGGAUUUUGCGAAAAAUUAGCCCUAAAGCAAACACUUUUUGGAGUCUAAAAUAGUGUUGAUUACUCGCUUCCUACGUCCACUCUUUCUCCCCAUUCCUUAUCCAAAAAUUGGCACCACUUCCUACGGUGUUCCGUGAACCUCGGCGGUGCCAAUGCCAGCUUCAUUUGCAUUGUAAUUUUUUUAUUUUCGCUCGGUUCUUCAGAAGUGCGGCGUCAAACACUGUGGCCGAAGAAACAGUGGGAGCGCGUCAUCAUCGUUCGUUUCGUUCCCGGAAGACCUCGCUGGCGGCCCUGGCCCGCAGCCGCAGUUGUAAGCGAAUCGCCUCUGUGAACGCCCCGAGGUCAUAAAUUUGGGCGGAUCUGCUGUCAUAUGGUCAAAUUUUUGGGUGAUCCCGGGAUCAGUGGCAUUUUACUGGCUGUGAAUUAAGAUUUCACUGGAUAAUCUUGUGGUUUAAGGAUUGAAACUACUUUUUACCACUUCCAAAACAUUUUUACAUCACUACCGUAUACUAUAUUACUAUUCUACCAUUGUAAAGGUCACCGAAUUUUGCUAAAACUUUAUUUAUCACCGCUAAAACUGCUGUUAUUGCUCAAUCCAUUUUUACAAUUACAAAUUGAUCGCCUCCAACUUUACCUUCACCUUUAUGCAUGUUGAUGUAGCACCUUCUCCAAAAUAAUGGACAGCUCGUCCGCCAUUGUGCUGCCGGAGAAUCCGACCAAACCCUUGGCCCUUUUCUUGGCCAUUAUCCCGAUUCUCACCAUAUUUGGAAAUGUUUUGGUUCUGUUGGCGGUGUGCUUGGAUAAAUCGCUGCAGACGGUCACCAAUUUCCUCAUCGUGUCGUUGGCCGUCUCCGAUUUGUUGGUAAGUCUCUUUACAGGGGUUUAAAAAUCAUUUGAUGACUUUUAUUUGAAGAGGGGUUAGUCAAGAUCAAAGUUUGUUAGUUGAUUUGCUCGUUAGAGAUUCAAACUUUGGAUUCGGUUAUCUUUGAUACACAUAAAACAAGAUAAAAUUUUGUGACGGCACAUCUGUUGGAUUUCCUUCAAAUUCAGCACAUUUUUUCUUCAUAGUCUAUGCAUCAAACACUGAAAAUCUUUACUCCCAAUUUGCAUUUUUUGUUGAAAUUUUCAGCAAACUUUUUUGCGACUAAAUUUGGUAAUUGAGCAGCGGUGAGCACAAGUCCUUUAGAGCAAAUUCAGGAUGAUAUUUUAUUCUGUUUUAGCGCGAUUUUUGAAUCCUACAUUUUUUAGACCAGGAACUUUUCGAAAGUACAAAAAAUCCACAAAACAUGUAGUCAGCAAUCAACUCUUACACAUUUUCUGAAGAUAACUGACGAAUCAAAAGACUUCCUUUCGAAUGUAAAAGAAGUCAAGGAGUCUGAAUGCACGUCAAAUAAAUCUAUUUUUAGGUCGCCAUCUGUGUGAUGACAUUCUCCGUGUACUUCGAAGUAAGUCUAAUUACGCUUUGAAGGUUGUUUUGAUGAGCAUAUACGUACUUGGUUUCUCAUUGAUUUUUUGAUAAAUUUUUCACUAUUCAUUAAAGAUUAAUGCUCAUUAAUCUCUUCGCUGUAAAACUUCAAGUCUCAAAUCUUAAAUUUUCAGUGGAAUUCCUUUGUCUGGGACCUUGGGCCGGCCCUUUGCAAGCUCUACAUUGCCAUGGAUGUGGCCUGUUCAACAGCGUCCAUUCUGAAUUUGUUUGCGAUCUCGUUGGACCGUUACAUGGCUAUAACUCAUCCGGUGGCCUACGCUCAAUACGGUUCACAUGCCCACAGGGCAUUUCUGAGUAUCUUUUUUGUUUGGACGAUAUCGAUUAUUGUGGCAAUGCCGGUGUUUUUUGGGGCGAAUCAUUUGGAUGACGAGAAAGUAAGGGAAAUGUCGAAAAAUCUCAAAAAAGAAAUCUUGAGGAUAGUAUUUUUAAUAGCUUACAAAAAAUUAAAAAAUUCUUUUAUUGACUAUUACUCUCUUUACUAUCCAAAAACACCAUUUACAAUCCUUAUUUUAGAAAUGCGAGUUCACAAAUGCCUAUUUUAUCAUUGGCUCGUCGAUCCUUUCGUUCUUCCUUCCCUGUGCCGCAAUGAUUGUCCUGUAUUCGAUAAUUUUUUAUCGUCUACGACAACGAGAGCAGGCUAGGAUACUACGGAAAUCAGUCCCACCACGACAUGAGAGUGAUCAUAUCAGUACGGCAUUACUUAGCGGGGCCAACAUGGCUCGACAAGUUGGACAACAACUGAAGCGGCGGGCAGACCAGUGGCUGUAUGAGUACAGUUUUCCGGUAGGUUGUAAGAAAGGGCUAAAGGCAUCUAAAAAGUUAACAUUGAGACUAAAAUUUCUCAUUCAUAAUAGUCAUUUUGAAAAGGCGGAAAAAGCAAAAAUAAAUGACCAUUUUUUCAAAAAAGCUUGUUUUUUCACCUUGAUAUUGAGCGAUAUGUACCAAAAAUUGACUAGUUAGCUGCGAACACCUCUAUAGCGUACUUGCAAUAUUUAUUCUGCUAUAUCUUGAGCUCUAAAAUGUCUGUUUUUAGACCUCGUCCUACCCCUCUGUGAGCAGCUCUACGUGGGACAAUUUGAGUCAUUCUGAUAGUAAAUCCGACGACGAAGAAGAUGUCCCCAAAGAUGCAGAGUGUUCCGAUCCCAUUCCCAAGACGUUCUCUACUCCAGAAGUCAAUCUUCUUGGCUCAACUUCCACUAAAGAAUGCACAAACAGCCCAUCUAAAUCAAUCUCCGAUCAAACCUCAAGACGCAUCCCGUUCAUAGACAGUAUCUCCUCUCUAUCUACAGCGGAUCGCCGUCGAUUACUUGAUAAGCGAGUUCAGAUUCGCCGACCUACUUAUCAGAGUGCUACACUCGAUUGCAACGGAAAUCGGGCUUCUUUCGCCAUGGUGAAUCUGAAUACGGAGGGAGAGACCUCCGAGGACGAGGUCAAUGAAAUGACUCAACUCUCUCCGUUCACCAACAACAAUGAUCCCAAUUUUCGACCCGCCUUCGACACGAUUUCCCUGCCAGUCACGGCGCUGGAAAGGUCGACGCAUUCCCAGCAAUCAGCGGAGAAAUCGGCGCGGCAGAACUCCGAAGAUCCGCCGUCGCUUCUGAUGGCCGUUUUCGGCGGAAUGUGGCGUUCCGAGGCCGUGGAAAAGGCAUUUACGAUGCGCUUCCAGGAGAAGAACAAAAGGUCGGUUUGGGCGAUAUAUCAUGCAGAUAUAUCUGGGGCUGUGACAUUUCCAACGUUCCGAUAAAUAAGGCCAAAUGACGAGGGCAUUCGAACCCAUACAUCAGUUGGAAUGUGCCGUUAUUUAUGGAGACUUCGGUACGAGGGAGGCGUGCGAAAUUGAAAAUCAAACUUUUUGUACUAUGCGGAAGAGUUUGGAAGGGAUUUCACAGUGCAGAAUUUAUUUGAAAUUUUGAAAUUUUCCACUAUAAAAAAAAUAUAAUCGGCCACUGCACAGUGCAGAAUUUGAAAAUAAAAUUGCACAGUGCAAAAAUUUUAAAUAGGUAAAUUCUGCACUGUGCAAUGACAAAAUUUGACCGUUUUUACGACCACUGCUGAAAUUCAAAAAAUGCAAGUGGAAGGUGUAAAAAUAAAAAAUCAAACUUGCACUCGCGCUUCCAAGCCUCUUCCUGAACGGCACGAAACAAAAAAAACAAAAAAAAAUAAACAAUCUCGGUGCACCCGUCCCAACGACGACCCAUCAGUCAAAUCCAUCCAUUCCAUUUGCAAAUCUCUUCCAUUUUCAGUGACGUCAAGCCGUUGAAUCGUGUGGCCUUGAUGCGCAAACUUCUCGUGGGAAUUCGUUCAACGACGGCCAAGCCCUCGAGGCGCCUCGUCAAGAAGGCCUCCAAACAAUUAAAACGCGAACAGAAGGCAACGAUCACGCUGGCCGUCGUCCUAAGUACGUCAAAUUGUUGAUGACAACAUUCGGCUGACAUUUUUAGCCGUAAUUAUGAAUAUUUAUGAAGAAUGGGGAGUUAAAAGUGAAACGGGAUGGCUCUUGUUGAUGUUUACGGAGCUGCAGCGGGUUCGAGGAAUAGACCUUGACUUCACGGAAACAAUUUUACAAGAAAAUUGACUGAAGUGCGGAGGUCACAUUUUGAUGAAAAUUGAGAAAAUUUUAGAUUAGGCUUUUCUGACAUAUAUCUAUUCUAUUCGCGCUUUGCAGAAACAAUCGAGAUUUUAAAGUAAAUAACACUUCCACUGAGUUUACUCAUGGAAAGUUUCAGCCUUAUUUUUACACGACAUGGCAAUCUUUCCACAAAAAAAUCAAUUUUUUCCAUGCGUAGUUAACAGUCAUAUUGCAAAAAAAAACGGUUUCUUUCCGCAUUCUGCCCAUUUUGUCGUCAAAAAAAGCCCUUUGAAUAUCUCGGUUCCCACUACAAAGCGCGAUCCAAAAUUUUCAUAAUUUGUCAUCAUCAGCCCUAACAUGUGUGCCAAAUUUUAAGAAAAUCUGAGCGUCGCACUUUCAACACUCCCUUUAUUAAUCUACGUGCUUUGAGAAAGUGCAAUCUGAAAAAAGUCUGGCAGUCUGAAUAGCAGAAGAUUAUGAUUUUAUAUAAUGCAUUUUCUAAAGGUUUAUCAACUGGCUAAUGUUAGAUCUUUGACCAAACAUCCUGUUUUGAAGCUGCAAAUGACUGCAAAAUAAUAUUAACCCUGUCAUUUUCAGUUGUUUUCCUCGGCUGUUGGGUGCCCUUCUUCUCGUUUCAUUUGAGCAACGCCUUAUGUAUAUUGAUAUAUCAGCAACAUUGCGUUCACUUCAUGGUCUCAUUUCUCACCACGUGGCUGGGAUAGUAAGUAAACCCAUUUUCUCGCAGUCUCUUUAUCUUUUUUUCGAUCUCAUUUUGAUCCUUGAAAGCUUUUUUUUAUCACGUACUAAUCCCCCAAAUUUUCAGCCUGAACUCCUCGCUGAACCCGCUGAUCUACACCGUGUUCGACCAUCGGUUUCGGCGCGCCUUCAAGAAGGUUCUCGGUUGCUAA